UGUUUUCUCAGUUAAAGGAAAGUAAUUUGUUUAUUUACUUUAAUUACCUUAGUGUUGUUAAGCAUUAUUACAUUGAUGAUAAAUGGUAUUUUAUAAAUAAAUCUACAAAAGAUGAAAGAAAACACAUGAAAGUUAUCGAAUUUUAAGAAAAAUUGGGUGCGCAAGAAAUUUAUUCCUUUACAUCAGUAAUUAUUGACUGUUUCAACUGUUAUGUAUGAAUGAUACAUAGUUUUGUUUUGCAAAGUUAUCAUUGGUUGUACUUAUUGUGCUAACGAAGUUUCCAAAGGGUUGUGUUUGAAAUCGCGUAUUUUGUUCGAUACGCAAGAAAAUUUUUGUAUAUAUAUAUAUAAAAAAUGUGUAGUGAAACAUUAGUUCCUCAAUUUUAUUUGGAAGUUAUUUUGCCCGCUAGGGAGAAACCUCAUGCUUGUGAAAUAUGUGGCAAGGGUUUUCAUCGAAAAGCCACCUUAAGGCAGCAUAUGUUAAUCCAUACAGAAGAAAAAGCUCAUGUUUGUGAUGUUUGCAAUAAAGCAUUUUCUCAACAGGGUAACUUAAUGCAACAUUUAUUGACUCAUACAAAUGAAAAGCCUCAUGUGUGUGAUAUUUGUAACAAGGGUUUUUCUCAAAAGCUUCAUUUAAGGCGGCACAUGUUGUCUCAUACAAAAGAGAAACCUCAUGUGUGUAAUAUAUGCAGUAAGGAAUUUACUCAAAAGGCUCAUUUGAGGCGACAUUUAGCAACUCAUACAAAAGAAAAACCUUAUGUAUGUGACAUAUGCAAUAAAGAUUUUUCUCAAAAAUCAGAUUUAAGGAGGCAUUUAUAUAAAAGAAAAAUAUCUUGUGGAUCACGUCUGCAAAAAAGUACUGUUUCAGAAGACUGAUUUAAGAUGAUUUUUUUUUAGUUACUCGUCCAAAAGAGUGUGUGAUAUGUAUUUCAUAUUAUAUAUUUGUCAAAUUUAUUUCCUUUUUUAUUUUGAAGAUUUUUUUUAAUACCGAUAUACCUCUGCACAAUCAUCUUGAAGAUUUACUGGGAAAUAAUUCAAUGUAAAAAAGUUUAGUUUAAAGAAAUAUAUUUUUUAAAAUUUUUAU